AUGGUGUCCACGGUAAGGAAUCUUUUGUGUCUAACCAUUUUGGCAGUCUUGGCCAACGCGGGCUAUGCCAUUCAUUGCUAUAUCUGCGACUCGGUAUCCAAUCCCAAGUGUGGCCAGAAUUUGAAUGUGAAAGAAUUUGAAAGUAAUUUGAUUGACUGCAAUCGCGUUGUACCUCCUCGUUACCUCAGCUAUUUUUCCCAAAGGCCCAAAGCCACAGCCUGCAAGAAGCAAACUGUGAAAUUUUUGUCCGGUGAUCAGCAAAUUAUACGUGGUUGUUACUUUGGCGAUGUCAGUAACAAGCAGGGCUGCCAAUUGGAUCCCAACCUGAAUGGGGUCGAAGGAUUCGACUGCGAUGUCUGCCUUAAAGAUGGCUGCAAUGGAUUGGAAUCCCUGACUCCCAUUGGGGGUGCAAUAAUCCUGUUCUUCGGUGUGGUCCGAUUGUUGGCCACACGGUUGUUAGAAGUCUCAUUGACGGUUUUCCCCUAA